GGUAAUUUCUGCAUUGUUUCCUUGGUCAGCUGCUGGUCUAUAUAAGAACGCCUCUGAUCCAAGGAAAAAAUAAAAAGAGAAAAGCUUUCAUCUUUCAUUAGCUCUCUGCAAUCAAGUAUUGAAAUUCAAAUCAUCAAAGGUUUCUAAUCUGUUCUUUGUGUUGUUCGAAGUUCGAUAGCAAUUUCUAGGGUUUGUUUCUUUUGAGGAAAAGGAGGAGUUGCCAAAGUCUUCGUUUUGAUCAGAAAUCGUUUCAGCUUUGAAAAAGACUGAAUGAUAUUACCCAACUAAUGGAGGCUAAAGGUGGUGAAGAUUCUAGUAGUAAAUCCUUAGUUUAUGAAGCUCCUCUCGGUUACAGUAUCGAAGACAUCCGACCAGCUGGUGGAAUCAAGAAAUUCAAGUCUGCUGCUUACUGCAACUGCUCCAGGAAACCAUCCUGAUAUCUUUUAAGCCGUCUUUUGACCACUUUCAGUGGAAUUUUCUUUAGCUGUUCAGUUUCCUUCAUUGUUUUUUAAUACUCUUUCCCAACCUCAAGCCAAAUUUUCACCUCAUCUGUCAACAACCUACUUCUUUUUAAGAAAUGGCCUCACCAACCUCUGCAAUUGGUUUUGAAGGUUUCGAGAAAAGACUCGAAAUCUCAUUCUUUGAGCCUGGGGUAUUUGCUGACCCAGCAGGCAAUGGCCUUAGGGCUCUAACAAAAUCUCAACUGGACGAGAUACUAGAACCAGCUGAGUGCACUAUUGUAGGGUCCAUGUCCAAUGCUCAUCUUGACUCCUACAUACUCUCUGAGUCUAGCUUCUUUGUCUACCCAUACAAGAUGAUCAUCAAAACUUGUGGAACCACCAAGUUAUUGCUUUCAAUCCCACCUAUCCUUGAGUUAGCAAAAACUCUAUCUCUCACUGUAAAAGCUGUGAAUUACACCCGUGGCAACUUCAUUUUCCCAGGUGCUCAAACUUUCCCACACCGCAGCUUCUCAGAGGAAGUUUCAGUUCUAGACAGCCAGUUUAUUAAGCUUGGUCUGCAAAGCAGCGCAUACGUGAUGGGUGAUAAUGAAGCACAAAACUGGCAUGUGUACUCUGCUUAUGCUGAAGCAACUGGUGAUCAGACUAACCCCAAUUUCACUCUUGAGAUGUGUAUGACUGGUCUAAACAAGGAGUGUGCAUCCGUGUUCUACAAAACUGAAUCAAGCACAGCUAAUGAGAUGACUGAAGCCUCUGGCAUAAGGAAGAUUCUUCCAGAUUCUAACAUAAAUGACUUUGAGUUUGACCCAUGCGGCUACUCUAUGAAUGGUAUUGAAGGACCUGCUAUUUCUACUAUUCAUGUUACACCAGAGGAUGGUUUCAGUUAUGCAAGCUUUGAAGCAGCAGGGUAUGAUCUGAAGAAUGCUGUUGAUCUGGAACAGCUUGUAAGGAGGGUUCUGUCUUGCUUUGAGCCAAAUGAAUUCUCUGUUGCUGUGCACGCUGAUAUUGGUAAUAAUGUUCCUGAAUUGGAUUGCUGUCUUGAUAUUAAAGGAUAUAGUUGUGGGGACAGGAGUCUACAAGAAUUGGAGGAUGGUGGAUCUGUCAUUUACCAGAGCUUUGUGAAGGUUGGCAGCUGUGGAUCUCCCAGGUCUAUUUUGAAGACCUGCUGGAAAUCUGAAGAUGAAGACGAUUCCGAGUAGGAAGUGUCAUGAGUGCUAUAUUCGUUCUUGAUAUGUUAUCAAUUUGUUUCUUUGGAGUUUGUUUGUCAAUUCUGUUGGAGUAAGCAGUAACACCAGUGUCAUCUGAUAGGCCUUGUUGGUUGGUCUUUCGAACUUAAAUGCUGUUUUAUUACAAUAAUAAUAACAAUUAUGUUUUCUGUCAAA